AUGGGCAAAAUCGACAGCCUAAUGCUGUCAGACAUUGAUGGCUUCGACACAGAAGGACGCGUACGCCUCCUCGAGAUAAUCGACAGGCUACGCGAGCUAGGGAUCAGCGAGAGCGUUUCCCUUCCCCAGCUAGUCGUUGUCGGCGAUCAAUCCAGUGGAAAAUCCUCUCUCCUAGAGGGCAUCACAGGCUUCUGCUUCCCCGUGGCCAGCGACUUGUGUACUCGGUUCGUAACACAGAUUGUCCUUAUUCGAGCCGCGGGGAGCGAGGCAGGAGUUCGAAUUACAAUCAUACCCGGUCCAACAGCUCAGAUGAAUGAUGAGUACAAGGCACAUCUCUUAGGAUUCGAGAGGAAGAUGGCAGAAGACGAUUUUAGGAGUGAUGACUUGAGGCAGAUCUUCAAUGAGGCUGCAAAACGCAUGGGCGUCCCGGGCCCUGAUACCGAGGACCUGAAGAACAUGGCCAAGCGAUUUUCUGAUGACAUUCUGAGAAUCGAGAUUUCUGGUCCUCACCAUCGAAACUUGAGUGUGGUGGAUGUGCCUGGCUUGUUCCACAACCCCACGGCCUACCAGACGGAAGAAGAUCGCGAGACCAUUCGCAAGCUGAUUAAAAGCUACCUCAACGAUAAACGAACCAUUAUCCUGGCAGUGAUGGAUGCGAGAAACAAUUUUGCCAAUCAAGAAGUAUUCUCUAUGGCUCAGGCCGCAGAUCCUGCUGGGGCUCGCACAGUCGGAAUCAUUACCAAAUGCGACGCCUUGGAGCCUGGCGAUGAGGGCAGGGUUUUGAAAAUCGCUAGAAACGAAGAAGAAAGACUGACUCACGGUUGGUUUGCCGUCCGAAACCGCUCAACAAAAGAUAUCAACGAAGGUAUGACGAUUGAGGGCCGCCACAAACGGGAACAGGAAUUCUUUUCCACCGAAGCGCCAUGGAACACUCUUAGACCGGACAGAGUUGGGAUUAAACCGCUGAAGGCUUUCCUGGGACAACUUCUGUAUGCACAUAUCCGUGGAGAGUUUCCCGGUGUCGUGAAAGACAUCGAAGAAUUCUCGCGAGACGCGCGGGAGGAGUUGGAACUGCUUGGCCCUUCGCGGCAAACAGCUCUAGAUCAGCGACGCUAUUUGACUCAAAUCGCCACCAAAUAUGAACGGGACGUGUCGAAUGCGCUCAGUGGGAACUAUGAUUCUAGUUUAGAUGCGAACAGUAUUUUGAAGCUGAGAAUGCACAUCAGGAAUUUCAACGAUGAAUUUGCCGAGACGAUGGCCCGUGAUGGCCAUACUUGGAUUUUUCAGAAUCCUGACGGCCAACGAGACGAAGAGUACGAACGCUCUGAGCGAGCUGAGGACAACAUAUAUGAAUGGAUCCGGAAAUUAUAUCACGAUUCACGGGGUGCUGAGCUGCCCGGUAUGGUGAAUCCCAGCGUUCUUGAAUCUAUGUUCCGGCAGCAAACCGUGGAGUGGGAGCCAAUCGCUACCAAAUAUAUCGACAAGGUAGCUAGAGCCGUUGAUGAUUUCAAUCAGAUAAUUUUCGACAAACUGAUCGGCGACGACGUGGUCAGAGACCAUCUCGGGGCACGUCUCCGUGAGCAAAACCGGGAAGCCGUCAAUCGUGCAGCUGAUGAAUUGGACAGUCUACUACAGGGUGAGAGGGGCGGUGUUUUGCAGACAGUCAACCGCUAUUUCGCUGAGACGCUGUCCAACAUUCGUCAAGAGCGCACUUUCGUACGUCUCAAAAAGAGGGGCUUGCACGAGGGCAUUUUAUACUCUCUCAAGCAAGUCGUGGAUAUGGUUCACAUUAGCAACGAGGAUCAAGCUGUUGACAAUAUCCACGAUAUUCUCAAGGCGUACUACAAGGUCGCUCGAAAAAGAUUUACAGACAACAUCAUUGUCCAGGUAGCCGAACGUCACCUCCUUGGGGUCAAUGGACCCGUGAGGACGCUGUCACCUGAAUUUGUUCUGAAUCUUGAGGAUAGCGAGCUCUUGCAUAUAGCCGGUGAAAGCUACGUGACGUCGAGCAAGCGAAAUGAGUUGUCUUCCAAAGUGGAUCGAUUCCAGAAAGCUUUGCAAAUUGCGAAGUCAGCCAAUAUCUAG